AUGUUAGCUCCUCUUGUUUGGUGUUCAGUAGCUUUUUUAAUUUAUGUUCUUUUAUACGAUUAUUAUCGACGUCGUAUUCUAAAACAAAGAGCUACAUCAGAUUUACUUGAAACUCUUGAAAAUACACAAUUUAAUUCCAUACCAACAUCAAAAAGAAAAUUGUUGGUUGACAUAAAACAAGAAAUUCAUCGAUAUUUCGAUUUCAAUUCUAUUCGUGUUAUAUUUGCUAUUGAUUUUUCUGCAAGUAAUGAAUGGCAAGGUCGAAAAACAUUUAAUGGACAAUUUUUACAUAAAACCAAUGCUAAUAAAAUUUACAAUCCAUAUCAAAAAGCUAUCACUCAAUUAGGUGAUAUAUUUCAAGAUGUAUUUCCGAAGCCCAUUGGAUAUUCUUGUUUCGGAUUUGGUGAUCAACAGACAAAAGAUUUUUCUUUUUUUCCAAUUGUUGGUAGUGGCGAAGCAUAUAACAAUUAUCAACUUGUUCUUGAAGCCUAUUUAGAACAAACGAAAGAUAUUACCUUCAGUGGUCCUACUAAUUAUAUACCAAUAAUACAAAUGUUAAUAUCACAUGGUAUACGCUGUGAAAGAGAUUUUACUAUGUUAGUUAUAUUAACGGAUGAAUUAAAAAUGUCGCAUGAAGAUAAUUCAUCAGUGGAAGCUAUUUAUACAUUAUCUAAUUUGCCAAAUACAUGUUUACUUGUUGUUGGCGUUGGUGAUGGACCUUGGCAAAAAUUAUCCUACGAAGAGCAUUGUCUUCGUGAAUUAGUAUUUAAAAAAAAACAUCAAAACAAGAAAAACUUUGCUCAAAAGGGAAUAGUUCAAUCCUACAUUUUAUUUGAUAAUUUUCAUUUCGUAGAUUUCAAUACUCUUGCUUUAAAAUCAGAUAAGAUUGCAAAUGAAAAUUAUUUAGCACGAGCUGUUUUAGCAAAAUUACCAACGCAAUUCAAACAAGCUUGUCGUACUGAGGAAGACGAAUAUUCUUAG